CAAAACCGUGAGUGUAGAUGGCACAUUUCCUGUUGCCUCAACCAAAAAAAAGAAAAGUGCAGAUGUCAUCGAGAGACAGGAAAGCUUGAGUCUUGAGGUGAGUUUAUAAAUGAAUCGGUCAAACACACCCAUCUCUGUCUAUUUCCUCUGCUGAGCUUCACUACACAGCAGUUAUAUGACUCGACUCAGAAACACGGCCUCUGCAGGUGCAGCUCAAUGGAAAAUGUGUCUCAUCAGGGUCUUCCUUGUCAUGUAUUCCACUGCUGUUUGUGGAGCUCAGACUGUCAAAGAUGUCACCUCCACGCCCUUUUCUCUGACCUCCUUUGAACCAACAUCGAUGGAAGCUUCGACUGUUUCAGUUCCAGAGCCUCCUUUACCAUCCCUGCAGCUGCAGUCCAGCUGGUUGGAGGUGUUCCCCUCUGAGAAAGUGGAGUUAAGAUGUAACAUCAGCGGCAGCUCUGACUGGACGAUCGUCUGGCUAAAAGAUGAAAAGGAACUAGUCCCAGAACCAAAUCUGUCUUUCUCUGCAGACAAACCGAUCCUUACUAUCACUGCUGCUUCACAAAUGAUUUCUGGAAGCUAUUCCUGUAAAGGGCAACACAAAACAAGCAGCGUUCGGAGUCUUUCCAGCACCUCACUUAAGGUCACAGUUUACCAAAACAAGCCAAAAGCGACUCUGAGUCAAAGUCCAAACUUCAACAAGAUGUUCCCUGGAGAGCUGAUCAACUUCAAAUGUCUGGUUGAUGUGGCCUCUGGAUGGGAAUACCAGUUGUACCAUAAUGGAACUGAAAUUAAAGCACAGGAUACUCAUACCAUAGUUUCUAUAGAUCAUUCUUACAGUGGAGAAUACUUCUGCAAAGCUAAAAGAGGCAAAGAACAGUUCUACACAGAGCCGAGUGAAACAACAUCCGUGCAGGUCUCUGAUCCACCUACACCAUCCUUGAAGUUGCUGUCUCCAUGGCUGGAUGUGUUCAAAGGCGAAUCAGUGCACUUCUCUUGCGAGGUUAGCGAACCUAAUUGGACAUACUCCUGGGACAAAAAUCGGCACAAGAUCGAGGACCUGGACAAAUCGUCUCUCAUCUUCAACUCGGUCACUCAAACCGAUCAAGGAGACUACGCAUGCAGAGCUCACCUGAAGGACAGGCGUGUAACCUCUGGAUUGAGCAACACAGCUACAGUCAAGGUUUAUGAAAACACACCUGAACCAACACUGAGCAAGGUCCCUGAUUUCACCCCAAUGUAUGCUGGAGAAACUGUGAACUUCACUUGCACAGUUAACAUGUCCACUGACUGGAUUUAUCAGUGGUAUGAAAAUGGAGAGAACAUCCCUUCUGCCACCGGCAAAACCUUCAGCCUCCCUCUUAGUCUUUCUAAUGGAGGGUAUUACUCGUGCAAGGCCACCAGAGGAGAAACAACAUCAACCAUCCACAGCAGGGAAAUACAGCUAGAUGUUCAUGAAAUUCCUGUUCCACAUUUGAAGAAUAUGACCGAGUGGUUGGAUGUGUUCCCCACUGAGAGUGUGAAGUUGAGCUGUGGGAUGCCGCGCGGCUCUGGCUGGACCUAUACCUGGUACAAAGCUGGAGAGGAGGUCAAGGUUGAUGAUGCUGUGUCGUUUGAUCCGGAUAGAUCCAUUCUUUCUAUUAGCUCUGCUUCAGCUAAACAUGAAGGACCAUAUAAGUGCAAGGGACACCUCAAGGACAGAUCUGUCAGCAGCAACACUGCCUCUGAACUUUCUCUCACAGUAUAUGAGGAACACCCCAAACCUGUGAUGAGUCAAGAGCCAAAGGCUGACAAACUGUAUGUUGGAGAGUCAGUGUCCUUGGAUUGUAAAGUUGAAAUCUCGUCUGGUUGGGAGUAUCUGUGGAGCAAAGAUGGAGUUGCACUCCCUCACAAGAGUCGUACCUUUAAAAUGAAUGAUGCCAAUUCAUCAGUCAAUGGGAAUUAUGAGUGCACAGCAAAAAGAGAAAAAUCGACAUACCAAACACAGCCUAGCAGUAGACGAUCCUUACAAAUAUCUGAGAUUCCUGUUCCCCAGUUGAAGCAUGGUUGGUUGGAUGUGUUCCCUUCUGAGAGCGUGAGAUUGAGCUGUGGGAUGGAAGAAAACAUCUCUGACUGGACGUACACCUGGUACAAAGACAAACAGAAGGUCCAGGCUAAUGAUACUGUGUCUUUUGACUCGGAUGCCAGGAAUCUCUCAAUCAGCUCUGCUGCAGCUAAACAUGCAGGACCAUAUAGUUGCUCAGGAAAGCUCAAGAGCAGACCUGUCUACAGUACCAGCAGCUCUGAACUAACACUGUUAGUUUAUGAUACAAAACCCAGAGUCACACUGAUGCAGGAACCAGAGUACGACGAGAUGCAUACUUGGGAUUCAGUCUCCUUCAGCUGCCAUAUUAACGUCUCCUCUGGAUGGGAGUACCUAUGGUACAAAGAUGGCACUCCACUCCCACUCCAAUCUGGACACAACUAUAACAUCAGCUCUGUGGUGACCAAAGACACUGGGUUAUACACAUGCCAAGUAAAAAGAGGAGUGGAUGCAAUCUUACACUCACAACAGAGUCAGGCUGUAAAACUAGAAGUUCUAGAACGCCCUAAGGCUACUAUACUCCUGCUGACAGGCUGGUCCGAGGUGUUCGCCACUGACAGCUUGGUGCUCAGGUGUGAGGUGCAGGCAAGCAACGACCAGUGGAACUACACAUGGUUCAGAGAGGGAAUUCAAAUAAAUUCGCUGACCUCUGAGAAACAUUCAGUCACACCCCAGAAUAACCCAGAGCAAAGCCUGUACACCUGCCAGGCCAAUCGCACUGGCCAACCAUCUUAUUCAAAACGCAGUGAUUCUUUCAAGACCAAGAACCUUCUUUUGAAGAGGAGGGUGCUUCUCUCCAUCUCUGGCGUUCUAUUCUUCGGCCUUAUCGCUGUUCUCCUGGGAUGCAUUGUCCUCCGAUUCAUCCGCAAACCAGCUGUAAAUGACGACAAACCCGAAGAAGAAAACCUGUUUCUCACCAUGGCCCAGCUAAAGGACCGGAGUGAUGCACCCGAUCCUAUGGUUGAGUACCUCACCGAUGAAGGACUGAAUGCAUUGCCUAAAGAAGCAGAUGAGAACGGCACGCUACCCAUAACCACAGAGGAGGGCCAAGCUCUGAUGACUGAGAGCGAUGAUACGGAAGAAAACAAAGGUGGGCUGGUGUCCUUCAAACAAUGAGUCACUGAAGAUGGAUUCACAACAAUGUAGCGAAGUCCAUGGCAUCGAUGGACAUAAGGCACCAUAUAUUUCGAUAUUUAUAUAUGAAAGUAUGGGUGGACAAUUUUUCUGUUGUGCAAUGCUUAUCACUGCAUUGGAAUAAUAAAGGUUUGGCUUUACAGUGGCAUUGGUGGAAGCUAAACGCUCUAUGGUGGCCAUCAUAGGAAGUAAGAUUCAGCUUGUCUGGCUUAGCCUCAUGUAGUCGGACUUUAAGCCUCAGAUAUGCUUUUUUAUUUUUAUUUUUAACAUUUUUUGCUAAUGAGCCACGGGUCAUUUGAUAAAGAAGGUAGAGAGUAGUUGUGGAGAAAGCGCAGGGAUGGCAUGUAACGGCCUGAGCUGAACUCUAACCCGGGCCUGCAGAGAGGAGGAGGCAGCUUCAUUAGUGGUACGAGCGCCAUUAGGUGAGCUACCUGGGCACCUCACCUCGUCCUGAUAUUCACUGCGUUAGUAUCAAAGUGCACUAGAGGAUCUACGUUUUAAAAGGUCAUGUAUAUAUUCUGAAUUGCGCGCAGUGCUAGAUAGAAGUAAAUGUAAAUUUAAUACGAUUUUCACAACAUUGUGGGCACCAAAUUUAAUCAAAUUGUUGAUGAGAUAUUGCACUCUGGAGCGAUGGACAGAAUGUCAUUGCAACACAACCGUGUAUAGAUUCAACUUGGUUGGGGGUAAUUGUACAUUUCUUUAACUGAUGUAUUGAUGAAUUUACUGUAAAAGGAAAAUAAAUAUAGAACAUAUUUUUAUGUGAAAAGCAACCAAACACACAUUGUUGCUUUGAGUUAUGCAUUGUACAUAAAGUGAUCAUCUGCAGGAUAAUCACUUACCAUUUCAAUUCUUAGAACAAACACCAGAUGUCACAACGUAUUUAAUGUAAUAAAUGAUUCAGCAGUGAAUGUUUUUGCUCUGCCGGUUGGAAACUGUAUACAAUACAUAUUUAUCUAGAAAUUCAAGCAUUUUUGUGUCUUUCAACAAAAUUAUUAAAAUACAAAAUACAAAA